UGGACAUCCCAUAAAGCUAUAAACAAAAGACCAGAAUAAUUCACGUUGUCUUUUCUUUUUUCUUCCUACUUCUUCGUUUACUGCGUAGCAGACGGCUUCAAUUAUUAUGAAGAACCUACUGCUGUUCCUAGUGAUCGUGGCUGCACAUUGCUUAUGCAUAAAUGCAUCGGACCAAAUUGUUCUACAACCAACAUCGAAAGACAUAUGCUCUCUAUCACUACCGAGGAAGGAUUGCGGAUUUCAUGGCAUAAGUAAGCGUGAAUGCCAAGUUAGGAAUUGCUGCUGGAAUCCUUCCAAAUCUCGCAAUAUGACAUCGUCAGAACCAUGGUGCUUUUACAAAGAUCCAGAACCCGAAACUUCAUACACAUGUGAAGUGGAUGUUGCAGCAAGAGGAGACUGCGGAUGGAUUGGAAUCAGUGAGAAAGACUGUAGAGCAAGAAAAUGCUGCUGGUCCCCGUCAGAUGUGGAAGGCGGUGUUUACUGUUUUCACAAGAAAAGAAAAUGUAAUGGCUACCAAGUAACUGGAGCAGCCUUUGAUAGCAACAAGAUACAUUUGGCCGUCUCCCUGCUGGACUCAUCAGGAUGCGGUCAUUAUGGAUCUGAUAUACGCAACCUCAAGGUCACCAUUUCAUUUGAGACAGAUGCACAAUUACAUAUCAAGCUUGCAGAUGAAGAUCAUGACAGAUAUGAAAUACCUAAUCGCUUUGUGCCGACUGGCGAUCAAUUCGAGGAGUGGCAAUCAGCGAACAGUAUUGCUAAUUCAAAAUUCAAGUUCAGCUAUCGAACCAAUCCAUUUACUUUUUCCGUUCAAAGAAAGGAUAAUAACGAAACAAUAUUUGACACCAACGUGGCCGGCAUGGAUGCAUUGGUCUAUGAGCAACAGUAUUUAGAAAUUUCCACUGUUAUCCCCAUGCAUUCGAGAAUAUAUGGUUUAGGCGAGGUAGUGCAUAGAACCCUCGAAAGAGACAAGCGCAAUACAUGGCAGACACUUUGGGCAAGAGAUGCAGCUUCUCCUGUUGAUGAAAAUGUCUACGGAUCACAUCCUUUCUAUGUUGGCCUAACGGAUGGUCUAGCCCAUGGAGUGUUCCUUAGAAAUAGUAAUGGUAUGGACAUCGUCAUGUCGGGUGGCAAGCUUGUCUACAAGGUCAUUGGAGGCAUUCUGGAUUUUUACUUCUUUGCCGGUCCAACGCCAGAUGAUGUCAUCGACCAAUACACAGCCCUGGUUGGACGCCCGGCUAUGCCGCCAAAAUGGGCUCUCGGAUUCCAUCACUCUCGAUAUGGCUUUGAAAGUAUCGAUGCCGUAAGCAAGGUAGUGGAAAAGUAUCGUGAACAUGCUAUUCCACUCGACACUAUUUGGUUGGACAUUGACUACAUGGAUAAACAAAAAGACUUCACAUACGACCCAGAAAAGUUCCCUGUUAGCAAAGUCAAUGCGCUAGUCAAGGAUCUGCAAGCGCAAAACCAGAAAAUUGUUGCUAUCAUUGAUCCAGGCAUUAAGGUGGAACGGGGUUAUCCGGCAUAUGAGACAGGAAUACAGCGGGAUGUGUUUAUCAAGAACAAAAACGGUAGAUAUGCGGUUGGAAAAGUCUGGCCAGGGUAUACUGUAUUCCCUGAUUUCCAUUCCGAUGAGACUCAACAUUGGUGGAAGAACACCAUAGAGACCUGGUUAAAGCAAGUUCCACUUGACGGCUUAUGGAUUGACAUGAACGAAGUUGCAAGUUGGUGCAAAGGCGAAUGUAGUAACUCAGAGCUGAAGGAUGUGCUAAAGCUAUUACCUCCCAGUAGCCCCAACAGACCUGGGUCUGCAGCUGGAACAUAUGACAAUGUGCAAGAUCCAUUUUAUAGAAUUCGCAACUUUGGAAAUUCCAGAGAGCCAUUAGACGUUAACACCUUGGCGGUCGAUGCAAUUCACAGUGAUGGAAUGUUAGAAUACGAUGUUCACAACAUGUAUGGCCACAUAGAAGCUAUUGCCACAAGAAAGGCCAUGCUGGAAAUCCGUCCAAAUGAGCGACCAUUCAUUCUUACUCGAAGUAGCUUUAGUGGAUCCGGAGCACAUGCUGCGCACUGGCUCGGCGAUAACUGGUCUACUUGGGAAUCAUUGUUACACAGUGUUUCUGGAACCAUGAGUUUCCAGCUGUUCGGGAUUCCUCUGGUUGGUCCUGAUAUCUGUGGAUUCAACGGUAAUACGAACGAGGAACUAUGCUUGAGAUGGAUGCAGCUAGGAGCUUUCUAUCCUUUUGCUCGUAAUCAUAAUGCUAUCGGUUAUGUUGACCAAGAGCCUUAUUUAUGGGAGUCAGUCAGCAAUGCAUCUAGAGAGGCUCUGAGCAUCCGAUAUACUCUAUUACCUUAUUUAUAUACCCAAUUCCAAGCUUCAUCUCAAUCUGGCCGUCCAGUAUGGAGGCCACUGUUCUUCGAUUUCCCCAAUGACCAGAAUGCUGUCCGUAUUGACCGUCAAGUACUUGUUGGUAAUGCUAUCUUGAUUAGCCCUGUGCUUGAUCCUCACACCUUUUUCGUGCACGCCUACUUCCCUGCUGGUCGCUGGUAUGAUUGGUAUACUCAUGAGAAGGUCGUCGAUGCAGAAAAAGGAUUAUAUAUGAAGCUGGACGCCCCAUUAAACAAGAUUCCAGUACAUGUAAGAGGAGGAUAUGUCGUUCCUAUACAAGCUCCUCACACCACCGUCCAUGAAACCAGCCAGGGUCCUAUGUCCGUCUUGAUUGCACUUGACGAAAACAGUCUGGCCAAAGGUGUCUUAUACCACGAUGACGGACAUUCUAUUGAUGUCAGUAACUCUUACACCAUGGCGCAUAUGACUGCCAAGGAAACGUCUUUGACUAUCACUGGCGUAUUUAAAUACCCUCAUAUCCUGGACAAGAUCACAGUCCUUGGUACUUCCAAUUGCAAUUCGGCUGCAACGUCUGUGUUGAUAAAUGGCAGACCCAAGUACGGUGUCCAAAGCGCUUUUGAUCAUCCAAAGGGUACUCUGACUAUCAGCGGGCUGAAUGUUCUGCUCUCACAAAAUACAUCAAUUGUCUGGCACUGCUAAACGUACUGCCGUCGUAUUGUACAGGCGUACGGGCACAGUUCUAUUUACAAGUGUCUGAUCACUUGAGUAACCCUUUUAUAGUGACUCUGAAUAAAUGUA